AUGCCAGAUCUUGCUGUCUAUCCAAAUACUCUUUUUGUUCCACGACCACCUGUCCCACACCCUGGUCCUCCCCCAAGUGACAAAAGGGGAAACCCUCAUGCUAGGAUAAUCUGUGAAGUAGCCAUGGCACAAAGAUCCUCCGACUUAAAAGAAAAGUGCAGGCUAUGGAAGCAUCAGCCUUACGUACGAGCUGUACUCGGCAUCAAGCUUUACGAAACAAAGACUACACGUAACGCACGAGGAUACAGAGAUCGGGCGAUGAAGUGGAAAUUUGGAACCGUCAACAAAGACGGAUCUGCUACUAGUUGUAAUGCCCUAGGCAACCCAAACUAUUUAAUCAACAUCCCCGUUCGCGACGUAUUUUAUAAUCCACCGGUUCCUGCCGUUGCAUAUGGUCCAUUACCACCACCUCCUGCUGUACUGAUGGGUACUAAUAUUACCAUCGACUUAUAUGAAGUUCAGCAGGCAGUUUUACUUUAUCAGGAAAUGUGA